AUGCUGUGCCUGCUGGGACUGCACGUCGAAUCCUCCCUGGCGUGCCAUGUCUUCCACAAGGCGCUCAAGAGCUCGAGGGUUUCGACUGGCGAGGUGGUGAACUUGGUCACCUCGGAUGUCCGGCAAGUCGGGUGGUUUUGCUGGGAGAUCCACAGCGUUUGGACGCUACCACUCGAAGCACUGCUCGGUUUGAUCAUCCUCUACAGAGACGUCGGGCUUGCGAGCUUUGCAAGCGUUGGAGCGCUGAUCGCUUGCACACUCUGCAACGUUCCACUCGCAAGUAUUCAAGAGAAGUCGCAAGGCAAGAUGAUGCGAGAGCGGGACUGCCGGAUGAGAGCUACUGCCGAGUCUCUGCGAAGCAUGAGAACUCUCAAGCUUCAUGGAUGGGAGGAGAGUUUCUUGCGCAAGAUCGAGCGCCUCCGAGCUGCUGAGUACGCCCAUCUCUCCAGAUACUCUUACGUCCAAGCACUGUCAAAGUACGUUUUUGCCACUGCUCCGUCGGCCAUGGCUGUGGUUGCUGUCGCGUUGAUGGCAAAGCUCCAGCCGGGGAAGAUCCUUUCGGCAGUCGCAGUGUUUCGGAUGCUGCAAAGCAUGCAGGACGGGAUCCCGGAUUUCAUUAGCUCUCUGGUGGGAGUUCGUGUCUCCAUGCAGCGGUUGUCCAAGUUUUUCGAGGCCAGCGAAGUGGAAUCGAGGCCAGAGUUUACAGGUUGUGGUGGUGCUGCUGCUGCUGCUGCGAUCGAAGUAAGAGCGGCCAGUUUCAGCUGGGACAGGGAUCCAGAGCAUCCAACUUUGAAAGACAUAAACUUGGAGGUUCCCAAGAGAUGUUUCGUGGCGAUCACUGGAGCCGUUGGUUCUGCCAAGUCGAGCCUCCUUUCGUGUAUCCUGGGACAGAUGCCAAAGCUUUGUGGAGAGGUGAUUGUGAGAGGCACAACUGCUUACGUUUCUCAGUCGGCAUGGAUACAGCAUGCUACCGUGAAGGAGAACAUCUUGUUCGGGAGCGAGAUGAACAAGGAAAAGUAUGACAAGAUCAUCUCUUCUUGCCAGCUCAAGAGAGACUUGGAGAUGCUAACCCAUGGCGACGAGACACGCAUUGGCGAUCGAGGUGUGACACUGAGUGGGGGACAAAAGCAAAGACUCCAGCUCGCAAGAGCCAUGUACAAGGAUGCUGAUAUCUAUCUCCUGGAUGAUCCUCUCAGUGCUCUCGACACUCAAACAUCCAGGGACAUUCUCAAGGAAUGUAUCCAAGGGAUUCUGUGCACGAAGACCGUUCUACUUGUGACGCAUCAUCUUCAGUCCAUCCAAAUGGCCGACAAAGUGAUCGUAAUGGCGAACGGGAGCUUAUCAGUGGACUGCGCAGAGCAAAGCCGAGCGGCAGCAGAGAGUGCAACAAUGGAUGAGUCUUCCAAUCAGGAUCGAAAGGAAGAUCCAGCCGAGAUCCAGCAAAAGUUGGAAGAGCCAGAGGCAGCCGAGCAAAGGGAGUGUGGAAGUGUGAGCGGGGGCGUCUACUGGGCCUAUCUAACAUCAGUCUAUCGAGGAGGUCUCAUUCCAGUGAUCUUAGUGUCACUGGCUAUUUAUCAAGGCUCGCAAGCAGCCGCGACAUGGGAAGUUGCGAGGCCGAGAACUUCCGAGGCAAAGCUUGUCAUGGUUUUCGGUUUGCUCUCUUUGGGAAGCUCGCUGGCUUCACUCUGCCGAGUCUUGCUUGUCGCCGUGGUGGGAUUGAAAACUUCACAGAAAUUCUUUCUCGGCAUGUACCGCUCGGUGUUCCUCGCUCCUAUGUCGUUCUUCGACACUACUCCGAUCGGAUGUAUCUUAAAUCGUGUAAGCAUGUCUUUCAGCUCUCUCGCUAAUCUUUUUCUUGCUCGAUGGUGUGUGCUUGCAGGCUUCUACAGACCAAACCUCGGUAGAUAUCUCUGUGCCGCUGAGAUUGUCCGAGCUAGCCGGCUACAUGACCGAGCUCGUUACAAUAAUUGUCAUCGUUUCAUUUGUUUCGUGGCAUGUCCUCCCGGUCUUCGCGUUUCUAGCUUCUGUGGCUUACUACCUCCAGGUAUUUGCUCUUGA